AUGGAUUAAACUUUCUAUGAUUAUUUUAUUUUUAGAUUGAUUAUUUUUAAUUUACGAUGGAUUCCGAACGCAAAUGUAUCCGUCAUUUGUCAUGUCAAGUUGUCACCAAUGUCAAAUUGACAUUUUAAAGUUUCAUACAUUCGUGGAUUUAUUUUUGGAGGUUAUUAUCAUGUUGGUGCAAAAGUAAAAAGCAAUUUUUACUUUGACAUUACAUAAUAAGUUAAUGCAACGCUACGCAGUAUUUCAAACUACAUUACAGUAUCUUCUACGCAGCGUCACUCUUUAAAUUACCGAAGUUUUUGGACUAAAAGAUACAAGACAAUGCAAGCCCUUGGAAUCACUUGGAGAAAGUUAGCCACAAAUGUACAAAAUUCCGGUCCAUUUUCAAAAUUUAAAAAAGUAGUUAGAAUUGCUUUUAGUGACAAAUAUUUGUUGUACACAAAUGUUACUAUAUCCAUAAGCUUAUCAGCAUUAGGAGAUAGCUUAGAACAAUCAUAUGAAAUUUAUACAAAGGAGCAAGAGAAGUAUGACUUGAAAAGAACUAUGCACAUGGGCUUUUCUGGGGCAGCAGUAGGAGUUCUCUGCCACCAUUGGUACAAAGUAUUAGACAAGUUUAUUAUAGGAAAGACAGUAGACAUGGUGAUAAAAAAGUUGAUUUUGGACCAGUUAAUAUUUUCUCCUGUUAUGAUCAUCACUUUUUUUGGGAGUUUGGCAUUACUUGAAGAUGACCCUUUGGAAAACUUUAAAGAGGAAGUAAGAGACAAGUUUGUAACACUAUAUCGUGCAGAAUGGAUGGUGUGGCCACCAGCACAAGUAAUUAAUUUCUAUUUUCUGCCAACAAGGUUUAGAGUAUUAUAUGAUAACACAAUAUCAUUAGGGUACGAUAUUUACACAUCACAAGUUAAACAUAGCAAAUCAUUAAAAGCUGUAGUACCUAAUGUAAGUAAAGAAGCAAGUAAUGUCCAUAAACCUUGUGACAAAUCAUGUUGACAACUAAUACAAAUUAUGUAGGUUCAAUUAAAUAAUUAUUUUAGUAAUAGUAGUCAAUGAGCAAUAGCACUUAGGGCUUUUUACCCCCAAAUAAUUAAGUAUCAUUGUUUAGUGUUAAAUCACCGAUGUAACUUAAAAAGGAAAAGUGCUGUGAUAUUAAUUAAAUACGUAGCAAUAUAAAUUAUAGUAAUUUAUUGUUACUGUGACAGUUGUUAAUUUUUAACUCAUACAACAAUUAUACAAAGAAUAUAAUUUUAUUUUGAUUACAA